AUGUCUGGUGUUCAGCUGACUGAAAAUCUCAUCAAAACACUGGACGGGGGUGGAAAGGACGAUGAUUCGUCGUUCAUUCCAGCGCCGGGUGGAUUUCAAGGCCCGAGAGAUGGUUACAUUUUCCAGAACGGAGAAGCAGGCGUCGGGUAUUACAGGGAAGAAAUUUUCGCCGCCAAAGAAGAUGAUGAUGAUGAUGAUGAUGACGAGGUAUUGGUAAACGACAACAACGCGAAAAGGCGCAAGACGUCCAACGAGACCGCGACGACGACGACGACGAUGAAGACAAAGUCAACGAUAGAUUACGAUAAAAUGCUCGCAGAAAUCGAGCAGAACAACCCGGACAUUACCAAAGAGACCACGGAAUUAACAGGGAAGAGUGUCAAGAAGUUCGUGAUUCAAUUCGAAAGAGCUUUGAACGAUAACGUGGAAAAGAGAGCAAAGUUUUCGACGAAACCGGAGAAGUUUUUAGAUUCAGAGGUCGACUUGGACAAUGCGAUUAAGAAUUUACAGUCGUUGGCAUCUGCGCCGAAAUUAUAUCACGUUUUGAUCGAUACGAAGUGCGUUCCGAGUUUACUCUCCGUGCUGGCGCACGAGAACGAGGACAUAUGCGUAGACAUUUUAGAGUUGUUUCGAGAGUUGUUCGAUCCAGACGCAAGCAACGAAGGAGAAGAGGAUGAGAACAGACAGGCGUUUCAGUUGCUGAACUGCUUAAGAGAGAACGACGGAAUCAAAAUGUUCGUCGAUUGUUUGAUGGAUAGAUUCUUUUCGAAACCAAAAAAGAAGAACGAAAGAGAAGAACGAGAAGAAAAAGAUGAUGAUUUAGCCGGAGAAGAGACGAAACGAAACGCCGAGGAGACUAUUUUACAAAUCGUAGAAAACGCGAUCGAAAUCAGCGGAGGCACGAGCGAGAUUUGCGAAUACUUUUUAAACGAAAGCAACACUCGAUUGAAAGAGUACUUACUCGAAAGAGUAGGCAAAAAACAAGGCACGGAUGGUGUGAAGUUACAAGCGUCCGAGUUGCUUUCAAUUUUAACCACCGGGUGCGACGAAACUGUGAAGAAAUCUAUGUUGUUAGCGAACGAUGCGUUUAUGGAUCCAAUCAUGAUGGCUAUUGCGUGCUACAAAAAGAAAGAACCGCAAGAUAGCGAAGAACGAGAAAUCGUCGAGAAUCUCGCCGACGCCUUGUGCGCUUUGCUCCAAACGAAGAAAGGUCAAGAGACUUUUUUCAAUUUAGAAGGUUUAGAGUUGAUGUUGAUGUGCGUGAAAUCAAAAUUAUUCGUUCGAGGCUCGGCAUUGAAAAUUUUGGAUUUUGCGUUGACGGAGAACGAACUCGGGUGUUUGAAAUUCAUCGACGCGUUUGGUUUGAAAACCAUCUUUUCCACCUUUGUCGGUUGUUUCGGCGGCGACGAAAAGAAGAUUAAAAAGAUUCGCAAAAAGUACGGCAACGAUUACGUCGACGCCGAGUGCGAGCGCACGUUAUCCGUUAUCGCCUCUCUGUUUCAAAACAUCGACAUUUCGAAAAACACGGACAAGUAUAAUCGCGUCGUCUCGAAGUUUGUGGAAGACUCGUUCGUAAAACUUGAUUUGCUCGUCGAAUCGUACGUUUCCUACGGCAAAAGAGUCUCGAAAAUCGAACUCCCCAACGACGAAAACCCGCCGCAAGACUCCGAGGACGAGCAAGACAUAUACCUAGAAAAGCUCGAUCACGGAUUAUCGAGCUUAGAAAACGUCGCCAUUAUAAUCGCGCAUUUAUGGGCGACGUUAGACGAUGCUAUUCAAAAGCGGAUUUUCGUCGAUUUAGAAAACAACGAAAUCGACGUCUCUCACGCCAGAGAUGUUUUGAGAGACCGAGCGAAAAACAUCGGCGAUGGUGGUGGCGAGCAGGUGCAAAAGGACAAAGUUGAUCAACUUCUCACGCUGGUGUAUUCGCUAUACAUGCCAGAUGAGGUUCGGCCUGGUGAUGAAUGA